AGGCUAGUUAGUUACUUGAUUUCAACGGAUUCUGCUUUUGUGGCAGUUUCAUUGUGGGUGUAUCCGUCCGGCUGCUCUCUCUCUGCUUGUUUUUUGUUAUGUCGACAUUGGGGACACUGAGUUACUACGCUGACUCACACAUUCCACACGAGAAUGACGAUCAUUUGGCACCGAGGUUCUCAUCUGGACCCAUGGUCCAGCAGCAGGCUCGCGAACUGACGCUACUUGAAUAUGGCGAACAGGAGCCGUACACUUUCCAGGCCAAAUCGUCAAUUUUCGGUGCGUCGUGGGGUCCCGUGCCAGUGCAGCCCACAGGCGCAUCUAUCGCCUACCACCCGUACAUUCAUCACCCAUGUUCAACAGGAGAACCCGAUGGAUCAUCCGUGCGCUCCUGGACGCUCGAACCGCUUCCUGCCCUUCCUUUCACGGGAUUAUCCACAGAUACGCACCAUGAUAUAAAACUAGAACCACUCGUUGGGAGUGGUGAGUGCACCACGCAUACACUGCAAGUGGCCGCGACUGACAACAAUAGCCAAGCAGAGAGGAAGGUACCUGACGAUGCGGUUUCCAACGGAUCACAGGAUGACAAAACUCCAGCAGAGAAGAAUCUAGAUGUUGACCCAAAUAACCCUUCGUCCAACUGGCUGUACGCGAAGUCCACUAGGAAAAAGCGCUGUCCAUACACUAAGCAUCAAACUCUCGAGCUGGAGAAAGAAUUUCUGUUUAAUAUGUACCUCUCACGCGACCGUAGAUAUGAAGUGGCAAGACUCCUAAAUCUCACCGAGAGACAAGUCAAAAUUUGGUUCCAAAACCGUAGGAUGAAGAUGAAGAAAUGCAAUAAAGAUCGUCCAAAAGACAUUUAAAAAAUGGAAAGCUGUAAAUGCGCACUGCAGAUGUGAAUUAGCCUGUCUUUUCCCUCAUGCACAACAGAUUAUUAUUGAUAGCCAACAUUUUGUAAAGUUAGAUUGCACAAAGCUUUGAGCUUGUAUAUAUAUAUAUGAUUUUGUCUUUAUACAGUGAUAGUUAUCUUAUGUUCUGCUUGUUGUAAGUUUAGCAUUUCGAAUUGUGUACAUUUUAAAUAUGUUACAUACUGUUUUUUUUAAGUAGCCUAUACUAGUUCAUGAUUUCAGGGAAAUAGUUUCUGUGAUAUGAAAUGCUGAUGAUAUGCAUGACUAUUUUUAUUAUUCAAAAAUAAAUUGUAGCGUAAUGUAUCAAUGUUUAAUGUGACUACCUAGAUGUAUUUGAACUACCUAUGUAUUAAGAAGAAUUAAUUUAUGUUGUGUUGUUCGUCUUUGUAAUAUUUCAGUGAUUUUUGUAACGUUUAUGUGCUUGUAAUGUUAUAUGUGAAAAUUGCAUACACCAAUACCUCAAAUCAACAGUGUUCGUUGUUUUCAAAUUAAAUGUGUAGGCUACAUAAUAAAUACAUUUCUGAUAUAAGUAU